AUGCCCAGCCCGGGCACUCUGCUCUCCAACGCCGGACCAGGAGCAUCCUCUAGCGGCCAGCGCCUCGGGAAAGCCCCUGCGUCCCCCAGGAACAAGAAUCUUCUGGAAGGUGGAGGGAAACCAGCAACCAGAAUGCGCGGUGACAAACCAGCUCCCACGGGCUCUCUCCGGAGCCCUUCAGCCCGAGCAGGGCUGGCUCUGCGGGAAACACAAGUGUCCGGCUUUAUCCGGACGGGCUCGCCGGGCUCCGGUUCUCCCGCAGGAGCCAUCCCGGAGCUCGGCCCCUCACGGCGCGGAGGAUCCGGCCCGCAGUGCCGGCCCCGGCCCGGCAGGUGCCGCUGCGGGCCCGCGGGAGCGGGAACGGCCUGGGCUGGGAGGGACGGGAACCGAGCCCACUCCGACCCUGCCACGGGGACGGGAACCGAGCCGACUCCGACCCUGCCACGGGCAGGGAACGGGAACGGCCUGGGCUGGAAGGGACGGGAACCGAGCCGACUCCGACCCUGCCACGGGCAGGGAACGGGAACGGCCUGGGCUGGAAGGGACGGGAACCGAGCCGACUCCGACCCUGCCACGGGCAGGGAACGGGAACGGCCUGGGCUGGAAGGGACGGGAACCGAGCCGACUCCGACCCUGCCACGGGCAGGGAACGGGAACGGCCUGGGCUGGAAGGGACGGGAACCGAGCCGACUCCGACCCUGCCACGGGCAGGGAACGGGAACGGCCUGGGCUGGAAGGGACGGGAACCGAGCCGACUCCGACCCUGCCACGGGCAGGGAACGGGAACAGCGCCUAGCUCCAACCCUGCCACGGGCAGGGAACGGGAACGGCCUGGGCUGGAAGGGACGGGAACCGAGCCCACUCCGACCCUGCCACGGGCAGGGAGCGGGAACAGCGCCCAGCUCCAACCCUGCCACGGGCAGGGAGCGGGAACGGCCUGGGCUGGAACGGGAACAGCGCCCAGCUCCAACCCUGCCACGGGCAGGGAGCGGGAACGGCCUGGGCUGGAACGGGAACAGCGCCCAGCUCCAACCCUGCCACGGGCAGGGAGCGGGAACGGCCUGGGCUGGAACGGGAACAGCGCCCAGCUCCAACCCUGCCACGGGCAGGGAGCGGGAACGGCCUGGGCUGGAACGGGAACAGCGCCCAGCUCCAACCCUGCCACGGGCAGGGAGCGGGAACGGCCUGGGCUGGAACGGGAACAGCGCCCAGCUCCAACCCUGCCACGGGCAGGGAGCGGGAACGGCCUGGGCUGGAACGGGAACAGCGCCCAGCUCCAACCCUGCCACGGGCAGGGAGCGGGAACGGCCUGGGCUGGAACGGGAACAGCGCCCAGCUCCAACCCUGCCACGGGCAGGGAGCGGGAACGGCCUGGGCUGGAACGGGAACAGCGCCCAGCUCCAACCCUGCCACGGGCAGGGAGCGGGAACGGCCUGGGCUGGAACGGGAACAGCGCCCAGCUCCAACCCUGCCACGGGCAGGGAGCGGGAACGGCCUGGGCUGGAACGGGAACAGCGCCCAGCUCCAACCCUGCCACGGGCAGGGAGCGGGAACGGCCUGGGCUGGAACGGGAACAGCGCCCAGCUCCAACCCUGCCACGGGCAGGGAGCGGGAACGGCCUGGGCUGGAACGGGAACAGCGCCCAGCUCCAACCCUGCCACGGGCAGGGAGCGGGAACGGCCUGGGCUGGAACGGGAACAGCGCCCAGCUCCAACCCUGCCACGGGCAGGGAGCGGGAACGGCCUGGGCUGGAACGGGAACAGCGCCCAGCUCCAACCCUGCCACGGGCAGGGAACGGGACCUGGAACAGCGCCCAGCUCCAGCCCUGCCGCGGGCAGGAACAGGAACAUCUCCCACCAGGCAGGGUGCCCAGAGCCCCAUCCAGCCUGGCCCUACAUGCUGCCAGCCGUGGGGAGGGCACAAGCUGCCUGGGCUGUCCACAGUCUCUCCACCCAAAUCCGGACUUCAGUACUCUCAGUAAAUACAUGUAGACUGAAUAAAUGCAGAGUAUUCCGGAAUCCUUUUACCCUGGAGGUGCCACAGCCUUCCCAGAUGGCAGCUGUGUCCAUGGCUGAGGGCAGCAUUCACGUUUUUCACAGAGCGUGGCAGAGAUACUCCAGCCCCCAGCAGCCCCUAUUCCCUGGGACAGUGCAGCAUCAGAGGCUCUGA